AUGUUCCGUCGUUGCAGUGUUAAACUUAACCCUUACGACCUCGUUGUUGUUGGUGGUGGCCCUGGCGGUUAUGUGGCAGCCAUUAAAGCAGCACAGCUUGGCCUUAAAACAGCUUGCAUUGAGAAGCGUGGAGCACUUGGUGGUACCUGUUUGAAUGUUGGCUGUAUUCCUUCCAAGGCACUUUUGCAUGCAACACACCUUUACCAUGAUGCUCACGCCAACUUUGCGCGCUAUGGUCUUUUGGGUGGUGAGGGUAUCACCAUGGACACCUUGAAGAUGCAGGAGCAGAAGGAGAGAGCGGUAAAAGGUCUUACAGGAGGUGUGGAAUAUCUCUUCAAGAAGAACAAGGUAACAUAUUACAAGGGUGAGGGUAGUUUCGAAUCACCCAAUGUUAUCAAGAUGGCUGGACUUGAUGGUAAGGAGGAGAAGAUUGAGACAAAGAAUACAAUUAUUGCUACAGGCAGUGAACCAACACAGUUACCAUUCCUUCCCUUUGAUGAGAAGGUAGUACUCUCUUCUACUGGUGCUCUCGCCUUGCAGAAGGUCCCUAAGAAAAUGGUUGUCAUUGGUGGUGGUGUUAUUGGUCUCGAACUCGGAAGUGUUUGGGCCCGACUUGGUUCAGAAGUGACGGUGGUUGAGUUCGCCCCACGUUGUGCUCCGACGCUUGAUGAGGAUGUAACAAAAUCCCUUGUUGGGGCCCUUACGAAGAAUGAGAAGAUGAAGUUUAUGACCAGCACGAAGGUGGUGAGUGGAACAAACAAUGGGGAUAGUGUAACACUCGAAGUGGAAGGAAAAGACGGCAAGCGACAGACGCUUACAUGUGAUGCGCUGCUCGUAUCGGUUGGCCGUCGUCCAUACACGGCUGGACUCGGUCUUGACAAGGUUGGUGUCGCUACAAAUGAACGCGGCUUUGUGAAGAUUGGCAGUCACUUUGAGACGAAUGUGCCUGGAGUGUUUGCCAUUGGUGAUGUUGUGGAUAAGGGACCCAUGCUUGCCCACAAGGCGGAGGAUGAGGGUGUGGCGUGUGCAGAGAUGCUCGCUGGCAAACCCGGGCAUGUGAACUAUGAUGUCAUUCCUGGUGUGAUCUACACAAUGCCGGAGGUGGCCAAUGUGGGAAAGACAGAACAGGAACUUAAACAGGCAGGAGUCUCUUAUAAAGUCGGCAAAUUCCCAUUUAAUGCCAACAGCCGUGCAAAGGCAGUGGCCACAGAGGACGGUUUUGUAAAGGUGCUUGUGGAUAGCAAGACGGAUCGUAUUCUCGGUGUGCACAUUGUCUGUUCUGCUGCCGGUGAACUUAUUGCAGAGGCGUGUCUUGCAAUGGAGUACGGUGCCAGCAGUGAAGAUGUUGGCCGCACCUGCCACGCCCAUCCAACAAUGUCAGAGGCGGUGAAGGAGGCUUGCAUGGCAUGUUUUGCAAAGAGCAUCAAUUGUUAA